AUGGCUGCCCGUCAUUCUCGCAGAAUUUUGCGACCUCUCCUUUACACCUCUGCUGCUGCCGCUGCGGGAGCAAGUGUUCUCUAUGUCUCCUAUCGUCCACGAAAUAUUCCGGGUUCCGAAGCUCCCGCCGUUCCACCUCCAGGCUAUCACGAGGGCAAGCUUGUACCCCCUAGUUUCCCUACAAUUAAGUCACGUCUAGAGCAGAUCCAAGACCUCAAGCGCAGUUCGUCCGGGGAUAGCUCUGAAUAUGAUCUCCUUGUUAUUGGUGGCGGUGCCACGGGUUCUGGAAUUGCCCUUGAUGCGGCGACACGUGGGCUGAAAGUGGCCAUUGUUGAGGGAGACGAUUUCAGUGCUGGAACGAGCAGCAAGAGUACAAAGUAUAAACUCGUGAAGGAAGCAUUGAGGGAACGCAAGUAUUUUCUAAACACAGCUCCUCACUUGUCUAGCUGGCUCCCUAUUAUGGUUCCUGUGCAAAAGUGGUGGCAAGCGCCCUAUUUUUGGGCCGGAACGAAGUUCUAUGACUACUUGGCAGGAUCUGAGGGAAUUGAAAGCUCUUAUUUUCUUCCAAAGAGUAAGGCGAUUGACGCAUUCCCGAUGCUAAGAAAGGAUAAUCUUUUCGGCGCCAUGGUUUACUACGAUGGUGCUCACAAUGAUUCUCGAAUGAACGUUUCACUUGCAAUGACAGCAGCGUUGUAUGGUGGUACUGUUGUCAACCAUAUGCGGGUGACUGGCUUAACUAAGGAUGCAUCCGGUAAAUUGAAUGGCGCUCAAUUAAAAGAUGUGAUCUCUGAAAAGAAUGGGCAAGAGGCCGAUGAAUUCACUAUACGGGCGAAGGGGAUUAUCAAUGCAACCGGUCCCUUCACAGAUUCAAUCAGAAAAAUGGACGACCAGGAAGUGAAGGAAAUUGUAGCGCCAAGCUCUGGCGUCCAUGUCAUCCUUCCAGGCUAUUACAGUCCUUCAGACAUGGGUCUUAUUGAUCCCUCUACAUCUGAUGGACGCGUCAUCUUUUUCCUUCCUUGGCAAGGCAAUACAAUCGCGGGCACCACAGACAACCCAACGAUGAUUACGACUCAGCCCGAACCAUCCGAACAAGAUAUCAACUGGAUUCUUUCAGAGGUUCGCGGCUAUCUGGCUCCAGAUAUCAACGUUGAGCGAAGUGAUGUGCUGGCUGCUUGGUCUGGUAUUCGGCCUUUAGUCCGUGAUCCGAAAGUGAAGAGCUCCGAGGCUCUAGUGCGCAACCACCUCAUUUCUGUUUCCCCCUCCGGGUUAUUAACGUGCGCUGGUGGAAAGUGGACAACCUAUCGCCAAAUGGCGGAAGAAGCUGUAGAUGAAGCUGUUAAAGUGUUUGAUCUGAAGCCUCGUCCGGUGUCGCAGGCUCCGGACAUCAGUGGUGCUGGUGGAAGCGGUUUGGUUGCCGAUGGUGCUGUUCUUGAUGGUUCCUGCCAAACCCAUCAGGUCAGAUUGAUUGGAGCUCAUGGAUACUCCAAUACACUUUUCAUCAACCUCAUCCAGCACUUUGGGCUCGAGACAGACGUGGCCCGACAUCUCACGCAAUCAUAUGGUGACCGGGCUUGGCAGGUUGCAGCUUUGUCUUCCCCCACUAAUGCUCGUUUUCCUGUUCGAGGAAAACGGAUCUCGACCUUAUACCCCUUCGUCGACGGUGAAGUUCGCUAUGCUGUUCGCCACGAAUAUGCACAGACUGCAGUCGAUGUUAUUGCUCGUAGGACGCGCCUGGCGUUCCUCAAUGCCGAAGCAGCACUUGAAGCUCUUCCUAAUAUCAUUGACUUGAUGGGUGAGGAGCUAAAAUGGGACAGUAACCGAAAGGAUCUUGAAUGGAAAGAGGGCGUCCGGUUUCUCUCCUCCAUGGGUCUUCCCAAGAAUUUUCUUGCAUUAUCCAGAGCGGAGGUCGAAUCUGGAAGGGUGAAAGAGGUGGACAUCGCAGAACACAAAACGUUUUCUAGGACAAACCCCCCUGCCGAUGUGCUUGAUAGUGAUAUUCACCCUGAGGCGCCUAGCAAGCUAACUGCCUUGGAUUCUAGCCAAUAA